UCCGCUCUCUCCCUCUAGGCCUUGAGGUCCUACAUGCAGAAGGAGAUGGCAUCAUCAAGGACUCACCACACGGCGGUUGACCUGGUCCGGACGCCCGUCCUGCGCCGCAUCUCUUGUUGUCUCUGCUUCGUGUGGUUCUCCACCAGCUUCGCCUACUACGGGCUGGCCAUGGACCUGCAAAACUUUGACUUCAACAUCUACGUGAUCCAGCUCGUCUUUGGGGCCGUGGACAUCCCGGCCAAGCUGGUCUCCAUCCUCACCAUCACCUUCGUGGGGCGACGCUUCACCCAGUCUGUUGCCCUCCUCCUGGCUGGCUUGGCUAUCUUGACCAACAUCUUGGUGCCACGAGACCUGCGGAUGCUUCGGACCGCCCUGGCCGUCUUCGGGAAGGGUUGCUUGGCCGCGUCCUUCAACUGCGUCUUCCUCUACACGGGUGAGCUCUACCCCACCGUUAUUCGGCAGACGGGCAUGGGGUUGGCCAACACCAUGUCCCGUCUGGGCAGCAUCAUGGCCCCCUUGGUGAAGAUGGCGGGUGAGGCGUUCCCCGCGUUGCCCUUCAUCAUCUACGGGGCAGCCCCCGUGGUGUCGGGGCUGGUGGCCAUCUUCCUGCCGGAGACACGGGACACGGCACUGCCCGAGACCGUGGAGGAGGUGGAGGGCAG